AUGACUGUGCACACCCGUGGGCCGAAUGUGGCCAUCAUUAAGAACUUUGGCGAAUCCAAGGCGAUAUGGGCUGUCAAGAUGCUCGAGUCUUUUACUUCGUUGAUUAAAGUAUCGGCUCCUGAGGCGAAUAUCGAAUUUUUCAACGCGGUCACAGAUCUGGCUCUACCAUGUCCAAAUACUUACGAUAUUAUCUUCCUCACAGGAGGAGUCUACAAUCUGGCACUGGAGAAAGUCGAUCCUUGGGUUGAGAGAGAGUUGGAUUAUAUUCGGGCCAUGCACCUUAAAGCACCGGCCACGAAGGUUAUUGGCUCUUGCUGGGGUCACCAAGCAAUUGCCCGUGCCUUAGGUGGUGAAGUGGCGUUUGUGACCAACAAGCAUGUGAUUGGAACUAAACUCGAACGCCUCACCGCCACUGGGAAGAGGCUUUUCAAAGCAGAGACUCUGAAAUUACCACAUUUCCGAAUGCGCAGAGUUGCUCAGCCUGCUCCGGACGCGGUUGCUCUGGCAGAAGAUAACUCAAUGUUCUAUUACCCUUCAAGAAAUAUUGUAAGCCUCCAGGCUCACCCUGAGUUUACAUCUGCUAUUUCGAGAAACGUACUCGAUACGGACGGAGGCGCAUUCUCAGGAAAUAUGGAUGAGGACGAAUUAGCAUCCACACGCGCUUCUUUUGACUUGAGACACGACGGGGAAAAAACCUUCGCUACAUUGAUGGGGUGGGCAUUGGGGUGUAAGGAGCUCAAGGUCACCGCAUGA